GUGCUGCAGAGACUUAAUCAUCCAAAAUAUUGCCGAAUCACUAGAUGGUCCGUUUUGAAAUAGGGUUUGAAGAAUAAUAAUGCAAGAAAAAACUUAAGAUCCAUUGCAAGGUACUGAAUUUUGAAAUAUCUAGAUGAAUAUAUGGAUUCACAAUUAUUGGCCCAAAUCUUCCAAAUAGAGUAUGUGUCCAACGUCAAUCAGACAGAAUUCUCCCACUUACCUGCAUAGGAUUUUUCUGCCCAAGCUUCCAGUGGAUGAUCCCGCAGAGCUCCUUCAGUGCAGGAAUCCAUGGGGAGAGAAGAGUGAAGAGAAUCUGUACCAAAGCCAUGCCCCCUUUUUACAGCACUGGCAGCCAUAUUCUGCUGACAUAAAGAGAAUUCCAUCUUUUCCAAGAGGACGGGACCCUGACCCAGGACACAGAGGUACACCUAUAAUUCUUUCACAUUAUUCAUAUCAAGAGCCCAGAGAAGCAACAAGGGCUAGACCAAAAGAGUUUGAAAAAUAUCUUACAGUUCCACAAUAUUUACCACGGGUGAAUUUCAGUUUGGCCAGUGGCAUUUUGGACAAUGCAACCUCAGCAUCACACAUUGAGGAAGAGCUAGAAAGCCGACCGGUUAUUAACAACUACUUUGAAGAUAGUGAAGAGGGAGGCACCAAAAAUGGCUUGUAUUUCAGUGAUGGGAAGAGAAAGAUAGACUAUGUUUUGGUUUAUCAAAACCGAAAGCACACUUCUCUGUCCACCUCUGAGUAUUCUGGAGCUACUGUCCCAAAUGGCACUGCAACAAAUCUCCACAGGAGUAAACCUCACAAACAGCUGCCAGAACAUGAGCAGGAAGUUGUGCUGGAUGUUGGCAGCCAUCACGAAUCUGUGGAGGAAGAAAGGAGAACCCGCCGAGAAGAGUUUGAGAAGAACGCCAUGGAGAAUGGACUAGAGAUAGAGAAAGACAAGGAGUCUAAAACUCAAGGCACUAGUUAUGUUAGGAUACAUGCUCCAUGGCACGUCCUCAGUCGAGAGGCUGAAUUUCUAAAAAUAAAGGUUCAGACCAAAAAGGCUUUUGAAAUCAAACAGGAGGAUGGGAUCACAGCAAAAGUGAACUCAAUCUGGCAAAAGUUCACAAAGCCUUUACUGCCUAAAGUUGGACAGUCAACCCAGACAGGAAAGCACCUGUCACAUCCCUUCACCAGAGACAAGAUGCAUUUGUACAACAUAACGAAUAAGGAAACAUUUUUUGACAGUGCAACCCGCAGUCGAAUAGUUUAUGAAAUUUUAAAACAAACAUCCUGUCCAACAGCCAGAUAUAAUAUGGGUAUCACCACUUUAAUAGCAAAUGGAGUUUACGAUUCAGCUUACCCUCUUCAUGAUGGUGAUUAUGAAGAAAGUGAUUCAGAAGAGAAUGAACGCAAGGUGCUGUAUCAAGAAUGGGCACGAUAUGGAGUGUUUUAUAAAUACCAACCAAUUGACCUGAUAAGGAAGUAUUUUGGAGAGAAGAUUGGACUGUACUUUGCCUGGUUGGGACUGUACACUCAACUGCUGAUGCCAGCGUCACUGGUUGGGAUAAUAGUGUUUUUUUAUGGUUGUGUUACAAUAGGCAAUGAUAUACCGAGUCUAGAGAUGUGUGAUGAGCAGAAUAACUUCACCAUGUGCCCGCUCUGUGACAAGUCCUGUGACUAUUGGUACCUCAGUACUGCUUGUGCCACAGCACGUGCCAGCCAUUUGUUUGACAAUCCCGCUACUGUCUUUUUCUCCAUCUUUAUGGCUCUCUGGGCAACCUUGUUCCUUGAAUCCUGGAAGCGUCGACAAACGAGAUUAUGCUACCAAUGGGAUUUAACCAGCCUGGAAGAGGAAGAAGAGCAUCCAAGGCCAGAAUAUGAAACCAAACUUUUUCAGAAGAAACUUUUAAAAGAAAAAAAGGACCGAAAUCAAAAAAAGAAGCAGGAUGACCACGCAACAGGCAAAAACAAAUGGAAAGACAAGGUCUUGUCAGCCAUGGGUGGGGCAGACCUAGCAGAAAAUGAAAAGCUAACCUGGAGGGAUCGAGUUCCUGGCUACCUGGGGAAUUUUGUGUCAAUUCUCUUCAUGAUUGGCUUAACAUUUUCUGCUGUCUUUGGAGUGAUCAUAUAUAGAAUCUCCUUAGCAGCGGCCAUGGCGAUGAGUACAAAUGAGAGCACAAAGUCAAACAUCCGGGUGACAGUAACUGCAACAGCUGUCAUCAUUAACCUUCUGGUGAUCAUCAUCCUGGAUGAGAUCUAUGGCACUGUGGCUGAGUGGCUGACUAAAAUGGAAGUUCCCAAAACAGAGAAGAUCUUUGAAGAGAGAUUAAUUUUGAAAGCAUUCCUAUUAAAAUUUGUCAAUUCUUAUGCCCCUAUUUUCUAUGUGGCCUUUUUUAAAGGACGGUUUGUUGGCCGACCUGGGAGAUAUGUUUACAUUUUUAAUGACUAUCGUAUGGAAGAGUGUGCUCCUGGAGGUUGCCUGAUGGAGCUCUGUAUCCAGCUGAGCAUUAUCAUGCUUGGGAAACAGCUCAUUCAAAACAAUCUCUUUGAAAUCGGAAUUCCGAGAAUGAAGAAGUUGUUCAGGAAGUUGAAAGAUGAAAGGGCUGAACCUAAAGAAUCUAAUAAUUCCAGUGCUACUAGACAACCGCAACAAUGGGAGUUAGAGUAUAAUUUGGAGCCUUUUACUGGCCUGACACCUGAAUACAUGGAGAUGAUUGUGCAGUUUGGCUUUGUGACACUUUUUGUUGCGUCCUUUCCCUUGGCUCCCUUGUUUGCUCUUCUGAACAACAUCAUCGAGAUAAGACUGGAUGCAAGAAAAUUUGUUGCUGAGCUCAGGCGACCAGAUGCAGUGCGUGCAAAAGACAUAGGAAUUUGGUACAACAUUCUCAGUGGGAUGGGGAAAUUCUCAGUAAUCAUCAAUGCAUUUGUAAUCGCCAUUACGUCAGACUUCAUCCCACGCCUUGUUUAUCAAUACAUGUACAGUGAUGAUGGAAGUAUGCAUGGGUUUGUGAAUCAUACCUUGUCAUACUUCAAUAUCAGUGAACUUCUACAGGGUACACAUCCACAAUCAUCACAUUUCAGCAAUAUUAAAGUCUGCAGAUACAAGGAUUACAGGGAACCACCAUGGUCUGAUCAUGCCUACACUUACUCCAAGCAGUACUGGGCUGUUCUGGCUGCACGCAUGACAUUUGUUAUCAUCUUCCAGAAUCUGGUGAUGGUCUUAAGUGAGGUCCUUGUUUGGCUGAUAUCCGAUGUUCCCAAGGACAUCAGUGUACGAAUGAAAAAGGAGAAAAGUCUGCUCGUUGAUGUGUUCCUGAAGGAAGAGCAAAAGAAAGUUAAUCUGAUUGAAAGCUUUCUAGUACAGGACAGACGGAAGCAAAAACUCAAGAAUGAAGCACAGAAGGCCCAGGCUUCCAGCUUCACUCAGGUGGCCAGAAGUCAGCGGAGCAGCUUCACGUCGGUUAGCUCGCGGCACACAGAUGUCUGAGCUUAUGAAGCUGCAGAGGACUAACCACAUGUGCCCUUGAUACUAGCAGGAACAAAACCAAAGCUCACUGCUUGAUGUAAGCAACGAUUAAUAAUGUUCUUACCCAGAAAGCAAAGAAAAUAUGAGCUAUGCUGUGACCAAGCAGGACUUCAAAACCACAGAACAAAACAGAUUGCAGUGAAAUGCAACAGAUUAACUUGCACUUAUGUAAAGAGUGGGUAAUUUUCUGGGUUAAAACCUGUUUGAAAAGUAAGGUGAAGGUCUCAAUGUAAGCAGGGGUCAUCCACUGAAUGUGACUGAGAGAUUAGAAAGGGACCUAAUGGAAGCUUGAUGUGAUCAGAACUAUUAAGUUUAGUUGAGCUCAGUCAUGCAAUGUCUGUAAAUGUUUGCUACAAAUGUAACAUACUGUUGAUUGUUAAACUAAGAUGAAAAACUGCUGUUUGUGUUUUUAAAGAGGAGAUUAUAAUAUUUAAUCUGCAGUCUGCUAUGUUAUCUUGUGCUUUGAUACAGUGGCUGUAAUUAUAAGAGUGGGUGUAUGUGUGAU